AGGAGAAGCUCAAAAUAUUUAAGCGGACAAAGGAUUCAAAUUAGACAAAGUCAACAAAGAGAGAUGGGGUUGGGCCCAUCAUCAUGACAAAGUAGGAAUGGGUUGCGUAAUUGACCAAAUGCCAAUACACCAUCCUACAGAGUGCAUUAACAAAAUUCCCUUCUGCGUCGAGAAUUAUGCUUUGCAAUGAAAUUCCGAAAGUUCUGAAGUUAAUCAUACUGGGGGCAGUGGAUUGGGUAUGAAACUUCAGUUUUUCAAAUACUCACUCUAACUGUACUAUGGCUGCAUCUGGGUCUCAGAUAAAAUUAGAUUGUGAAGAAAGUGUAUGGGAAAAGUUUCAAAGAGCUUAUCAACGGAAUCGCAUGAAAAACCAGCAACUCUUCUUAUGCUUAAGGGCAGUAGAACAACAAGGAAUAUUCUUUGUGAUUACAAUAUUGGGUUCUCUUAUCUCAGUGAAAGAUCCAUCUCAGGAAGCCUCUCCAUUCAAGAAACAUGAGGUCAUUAUGACCACCUUCGUGGUUGCACUGGUAAGCUAUGGCAUUACAUUAUCUAUUGAAGUUAAACUCAAAGCUUUUGGAUCAAAAUACCAUACAAUUUUUGGCGACAUCCGCCUUUUAGCCAGCUCCCUUGCUGUAGUUUUACUUGUAAUUAUCAUUUUUCCCAAGUUUGGAUGGCUACUUUUCGGCUUUUGGAGCUGUUUAUUUAUGUGGGUAGCAUGGAACACAUUUCAACUAUUGUACCAAUUGUUUCCCCAAAGAUUUGGUACCCAAAAGAAUCUAGCUGGACACGUGGAAAAAUCAAGUCUUCACUCUCCUGGAUCAACCAGCAAAUCAAGUGUGGAUAAUGAUGACAACGCAGAAGCUGCUGAAGGUGUUGUUAUGAUUAGGGUUUUAGAUGCAUCAGCACAGAACUCAGCUGUAGACAACUUGAGGAAAUAG